AUGCAACUCUCCCGCCGGGCGCUCGCCGUCACCACCGGAGCUGCCUUUCUCGUGGAUGUUCUCGUUGCUUCGAGCAUCUACUAUGUGGGCACCCAUAGUAAAAAAAAUGCAGACGUGGAUGAGUACGAGUCGGUGACGUCGGACAUCUUGACCUGCUGCCUCGUUCGAGUUUUGGUGUUUCCUUUGAUGGCCGGGCUUGCCUUCCUGGUCUACAAGCGCACGGAGGCCAGCUCGCCUCUUCAGCAGUUUCGGCAGGCGCAGGAGUCUGCACGAGAAGUUGCUAGCAACGGAACAAACGGUGAUCUGCGAGUGCCUUUGGCGGAGGUGCCCAUGCAGGCUGUGAAUGGCUCUGCCGGAUCUUCUGUCAUCUCCUCCUCCAGUGAGGAGAAGAGUGCUUUUGAGAUGAACCGCGACCAUGCGCUGCUCAUGAAGCGGGCAGAUCGCAGAAAGGAGAUCAUCAUGCUUGUGCUUUUCGCAAUCAGCACAGGCAUGUCAUUCUACAAUGGUAUCAAAUGCAUCGUGUACCACUACGACCCGCGGUUCUUGGCCUUGCAGGGCACGCUGCAAGCUUUGACUAUGGUUAUGAUCAACGUAGAGUACUUCAUGCUGAAGAACCUGCUGAACAAGUUCACCGAGGAACAAGGGGAGCUCAUUCCGCAUAUCCACAUGCACCCGCUCUUCUUUGAGACGGGUCUGAAAUGCCAUGGUUGUGACGUAUGCGGCGACCAAAUGAAGGGCCCACAUUAUAUCGCAUACAGAUGCAGAACGUGUGACUUCGACCUCUGUCCGCGGUGUUACAAACAGAAGGACAAGCACAGCGCAAAAGGUUUUGGUGCACGUUCGGUGCGCCGAGAUGGAGAGCAGAUCACGACAUGGACAUACUUCAAGCGCAUAGUGCAGCUCUCCAUGGAAUUCUGGCCUACGCUGGUGGCAGCCGUCACCUGUUUGGUCAUCACGCAGGGAUUGCAAAUCUUUGCACCAAAUGUGCAAGGGUCGAUCUUCGAUGGUAUCCUUGCAUAUCUGAAGAAUCCCGAGGGUGGAAGAUCAAAGUUUGAGUAUGCCAUGCUCACCUAUGUUAUCAUCAACAUCUUGCAGGGAUGCUUCAGCGGCUUGAAAGCCCUUGCGCAAGAACUGGUGCAGAGGCGCAUGGCCUGUUCUGUUCGCUUGAAGCUCUUUGCAAGCGUGGUCCGCAUGGAUAUCUCUUUCUUCGACACUAUGCACACUGGUCAGCUGACAUCGCGCCUGACGAAUGAUGCCAGUCAGAUGACGCAGCCGCUAAGCACAUUGAUGAAUGAUCUGCUGGCCAACGUUCUCUUGCUGGUGGGCGGCAUGUUCAUGGCUUUCCACACUUCUUGGAAGUUGUCGAUCCUUGCACUUACAAUUGUGCCUCCGAUCACCUACAGCUACCGUGCAUAUGCCAAGUGGGCCCGGAAAAUCACCAGAUCCAUCUAUUGCGCCUAUGGUGAAGCGAACAGCACUGCGACGGAUGCCAUCAGCAACAUCCGUACAGUACGUGGCUUUUCAACCGAGGAGCACGAGGCCUUCAGAUACUCAGACAGCAUCAACACAGCCUUGGGCCACGGCGUGAGGAAUGCUUACGUUGGAGCCUCGGUGACCGCCUUCUCAACAUAUCUCAAUUUGGGCACGGCAGUGCUCAUCUUGUGGUACGGCGGCCAGCUUGUUUGUGACGAGAAAGGCGAAGUGAUGAGCAUCGGCUCUCUCAUCACCUUCCAGCUUUAUUGGAACAUGAUGAACAAUGCCUUCAUUGCUCUCGGGAACGUCUUCAAUGACUUGAUUCGUUCCUCCUCAGCGGCGGAACGUGUGUUUUCAUUGAUCGAUGCUCGUCCCGAUGUCAAUCCCGAUGAUGGUGAGGAAGUCACACGCGAUUGUGUCAAGGGACACCUGCAGCUUCGUGGCAUUCAAUUUCGUUACAGGUCUCGGCCCGAGACCUUGGUUCUAAAAGGAAUUGACAUGGACAUGCCCCCUGGGACCACCACGGCUCUUGUCGGCAAGAGUGGAGGUGGAAAGAGUACCUUGGUUCAUUUACUCAUGAGGUUCUACGAACCAACUGGCGGGGAAAUACGCCUGGAUGGCCGGAGUAUGACGACCCUGUCCUCCAAGAGUGUUCGAAAAUGUUGUGGGUUCGUCGCGCAAGACACGCAGCUUUUCUCUUCCACCAUAGUUGAAAACCUUGCCUAUGGAAUUGGUAGAGACUACACACGUGAUGAAGUAGUUGAAGCUUGUCGAGCAGCCAAUGCGCAUGAGUUCAUUCUGGAAAUGGAAGAAGGUUAUGACACGCGAGUUGGAGAGAAAGGAAUUAUGCUUUCUGGCGGACAGAAGCAGCGCUUGGCAAUUGCACGAUGCUUCCUUCGAAAGCCGCGGAUGCUAUUCCUGGAUGAAGCAACAUCAGCUCUUGAUGCAGAGAACGAAGCGAUUGUGCAGGGUGCGCUCGAGUCUUUGCUAUCUGAGCUGAACAGCACAGUUGUGCUGAUCGCUCACCGACUGAGCACGGUCAUCAAUGCAACGCAGAUCUGUGUCGUACACAAGGGAACGAUUGUGGAGCGUGGCAGUCACGAUGAGCUCGUCGCCGAGGGCGGAGUCUAUGCCCAACUUGUCAGUCGGCAGCUUUCCCGUGAUGCAAGUGCCGUGAUGGAUUCCAAGAAGGAUAAGAUAAAGCCUUCCUCGAAGGCGACUGAGAUCGAUGCCUUCAGCUCAGCUCCUGUAGGGAGAUGGAGCAAGCAGGCGGCAAGUUGGGAGAGUGAAGGCAAGGGCACUGAGGCGAACUUGGUGCAGGAUUUCGCUUCGCGCUUGGAGGAAAGCGCUGCAUCCAUACUUGAUGCGCUAGCGUGGUUCCAGGAGCUGCGCAAAGUUGGUGCAUUGGAGGGCCAAGUCUACAAGAUGCGUGACUUCGUGUGUCUUCCCAGCAGUGGCACCAGCAGGGGAGUGGACUACAUACAGAGCAUGGGGCGGAUCACGCUGAAGUACGUUUUCGGCCAGGCUUCGCUGUGUGCGGGAGACCUCUGCGUGGAGCUGUCCAGCUGGGAGCUAAAGGUGAAGGCUGUGGGAAGACAGGAUCUGGACAGCCUCCUGGCCCCAAUCAACGGCACCCUGUACGGAGAUGUUAGGCGGGACCUCUCAUGGUGGACUUUGGAGAUGCAGGAGGAUGGAAGUAAUGUCUUCACAUUGGAGCUGGCUAAACGAGAUCACAAGGCUUGGAAUGCGGUUUGGAAGCUUGGACUGAGCCACCACCGCAAGAGCCAUUUCGGUUGGACUCCUACGGCUCGCACGCCGGUAAAGAAGGCGGAAGACAUGCUUGUCAAGGUCAAGCCUGGCCGGCUGCCAAGAAAGCAGGAGGCUUUCGUGGCUCGUCGGGAAGAUCUCUGCUGUUCUCUGGAAGAUGGCCAGGACGACAAAACCGCCGUUUUCCGAAUCCAUUUGGACAAGGCGGCCCUGGAGAAGGCCUGUGAGGUCACCUGCCUCGCGGAUUUGUUUGGAGUGGAUGUCAUGGAGCAGUACCUGAAAGUGUUCAUCAGAGGAGAUGACAAAUCUCCGAUCUUGAUGGGGAAGCUCUUUGACAAGAUUGUUCCUGACAAAACACGAUGGGACAUCAUUAAGGCAGCAGCUCCGGCAGAAGCUGAGGAGUCGCAGGUGAAAAAGUCCGGGCAGUACAACACGUGCUUGCAGGUGACGCUCACGAAGGCAAGGCCCUCCAAGAAGCACUGGCCGCAGCUGCUGGAGGAGAACGAGCUUGUCCUGCAGAGAGAAGCGGCGCCUCAAAUUCAGGACUUACACUCGAAGGCGCUGCGAGCAGCAUCGCCGGACCGCAGCGGCUGGUCGCCCGAGGAGCUCGCGCGAGACUUCAAACAGAAGGCCGAUGGAUGCUUCAGAAAUUCAUCCUGGCGUGAUGCAGCCGUAUACUACACUCGAGCCUUGAAUCAGACGCCCCACGAAGAGAAGCUUUUCUCAAACCGAUCUGCAUGCUAUGUGAAGCUCAAGAAGUUUGACAAGGCUUUGGCAGAUGCCAAGAAGUGUGUCUCGCUGAAGCCGGAAUGGCCCAAGGCUUACUUCAGGCUUGGCCAGGCCCACCGAGGCCUCAAGCAAUGGGAGGAAGCCAUUGAUGCCUUCAGGGAAGGUCGCUUCCGGGAGCCGUCGAACCAGGAAUGGGCAAAGGAACUUGAGAAGACGGAGGAGCAACAGGCAAAAUGGGAUGCUGAAGCAGCGGAGCAGAGAAAGCUGAAGAGGGAAGCAGACAUGGUGACGGAACUCAACGAGGCUACCGUGGUAGCCGAAAGGGAAGCCAUGGUCGCGGUGGCUGAGCAGGCCAUCCAGGCGGGAAAGAGCCGCAAGGAAGCUGGCGAGCUUGCACUCAAGGGUGCGGAGCUUGCCAAGCAGCGUGUGCACGAUAUGGCAGCGCAGAAGAAGAAGGCCAUGAUGGUGGAGGAUGACCAGGAGUUAGAUUCAGCGGCGCCCUAUCGAAUUGUUUGUGAGGAUGGAUCUUUGCACAGCAAGUCCUUCGCCCACACAGACAAGGGCAUGUAUUUUAUGGGAAUGACCUUCAUGAACUUCAAGUCUGGCCCGGUGAACCAGCCCUGGAUCGAGAUCCGGCAUCCGGGCAAGCUUCGUUGGUCGCAGGGCUGCGCAGUUCUGCGCCUGAAGGUCACUCUUCCAGAGACCGUCAAGGGGGCCCAAGACGUUGACGUCGAGCUCACUGCCAGCAGCCUUCGAAUAGGCACGGUCGGUGACACAGACCCGAUCAUUGAGGGCACCCUUGAGCGAAAGGUGGAUCCAAACGGUGAGAACUACUCCUGGUUUCUGAUCCCAGAAGAGGUUCCACCCGUGAUGGAGUUGACGCUGGACAAGGAUGCCGCUGAAGUCUACCAGACUUUCAGCUACGGAACGCUGCUUUGGCCGCGACUGUUCAACGACGACAUUCCAUUAGGAGAAGGUUUAUUCGAGGCGGACUUGACCGACAUGCCUCCGCACUUGCUUCAGAAAUUUCAGGAAGAACAGGAGAGAUCGGACCAGAGAUCACGAGAGGAAAGGCAACGCAGGCAGAUGAUGACGGAGGAGGAGGUCGCCGAGGAGACUGCCAGGAUGUGGAACGAUGAGUUUGCCAGACACGGCAUUCCGCAUCGAGUGGAUUCGACCGAGGAUCGGCGGCUCGAAAACUUCCAGAAGUGA